AUGGAUUUGAUAAAAAGCAUGGUCAUUUUUAUCUUUCAUGUAAUUCUGAUAGCAGCAUCAAAUAGUUAUGAAGAUUAAUUUCUAGAUUAAACGACUCAAAAAUAAGAAUAUAGUUUUCAAAUUGACACUUAACAUACAUUUGCAUUUUGGAGCUACUAUAUCCCAGCUUAAUCAACUUAUUUAGCUCCAGAUUAUGUAAAAUAGCAACUGUUUCAAAUUUAAAAUCUCGACAAUUAAGAGCUGAUUAUUGCGAUGUUUUUAUACAUAGACUUUUUUAAUGAUGAAGUCAGUCAUAAUUUUCAUUUUAAAGAAAGAUUUUAAGAAUGUUAAGAAGAAUAAGAAGAAGAAGAAGAAGAAGAGUUAUAAGAUUGUCGAAAAUGCCAAGAAUAUUAACUAUAUGAUCCUUUAUCGUAUGAAGGAACAUGGAUACUGACAAUGAUAACAAUUACAAAGAAUGAAAUUUAAAUCUAAACUUUGAAUAGUAAUGUAAUUCAUUCUUUCUAAACCGACAGUGAAUUGUCCAAUAUAUUAUUUGUGCUUGGUGAUUCUGGACUUAAAAUAAUUACAGACAUUUGUUAUGAUUAUGAUGAUUAUUUAAAACUGUUUUUAGGGAGAAUCUCUAAACUAAUCUUCAUUAGAAAAGACUAAACUUAUGAUAACUUUUUUAAUAACAACAAAAUUGCUCCAUUAAUAGAAGGAGAAUAAAUAUUUGAAGUUGUUCCAGGUAUUUAAAUAUUUAAUGGUUUUACCUAACUUAUACAGGAAUUUGAUUAAGUAGGUAAGAAUUUUUGUAUAUUUGGAUGGGUAAAAUAUAACCCAAAGGAGCCAGAUUCUUGGUUUACAUAUUUAUUACUUAGAUUGACUAUUUUUAAAAGUUAUUCUAUUGAAAAUAGAGUUGGCGAUGAGAUAGUUUUGAUAAAGGUAAUCUUUGAUUUUGAGGAACGGCACUAUUAUACAUAUAUUUCUCAUCACUAUGCUACUCCUUUACUCUAAUACAUUUAGAGUUUAUAUGGUAGUAAUGGAUGGGAUCAUAUUUUUUUAGAUUUUACAGUUUUAACUAAUUGGCAUUUUGUCACUUUUGAAUACUCAAAUAGUUGGAGUAUUAAAUCAAGAUGUCAAAUAUCAUACCUUGAAGGUUCAGAGAUAAUAAGAAAGGAAUUAUAUUUGGGAGAUGAAUGGUAUAACAAUGUUUUUGUCAAUACAAAAUUUUAUGUAAUCAUAGGGAGUGAUAAUGUAGAAUAUUUCUAAAAAUUAAAGGGUUAAAUCUCUAAUUUUAAUAUACAGUACAAUUAUGAAAUUCCAAAAAAAUAUAUUUAAAUAUGUCAUUACAGUUGCUUAUUAUGUAGUGGUCCCUCCUCUUAUGAUUGCAGAUCUUGUCCUGAGAAUCAAAAUAGAAUAUUCCAAAAAGAUUUAAAUUAAUGUCCCUGUUAAAUUGGUUAUUUUGAGAAAAAUUAAAUAUGUAAACCAUUAACAGAUUUUAGUCCUACCAUGAUUCUUAAUAAUAUUGGAUUCAACUCAAAUGAAUUAAUAUGUUCAUUUGGAUAUUUUAUGUUACCUGAAUACAAAAGAUGCAUUAAAUGGUAUUAUAUCUUUGAAAUAUAUUAGCCCAUAAAAUUAUAAAAGAGGUUUUGAUCUUCUUUGUGCAGAAUGUUUAUUAUAUCCUACUAAAUGGUAUAAAAAGUUAAUUUGUUAAUCUGACUAUUAUAUUCUAAUGAAAUCAGAAAAUUAAUUCACUUAUAUAAAAAAAGAAAGAAUCCCUGAUAAUUAUGAGUUAUUUUUUAUUGACAAUAACCUUGAAUUAUAAUAUAUUGAAGGAGCAUACAAAUAUUGCUCUCUUGAUGAAUUAAACUGUUUUGAGUUUAAUAAUAAUUCUCUUGUAACUAAAUAGAUUUACGUGAAGUGUAAUUCAAAUUAUUUCAUUGAAUAUAAUUAGUGUUUACCUCUCCAAAAAGGAUGUUUGUAAGGUAGUUUAGUUGGUUGUUAUUAAUGCAAGGAUGGAUAUAAUUAGAUUAAGGUAGAAAAUGGUGAUAGUUAUUGUGAAGAGAUUAUCAGCAAUAAUUGUGACUGGGGGUAUACUUUUUCUAGUGAUUUAAACAAAUGUAUUAAAUGUGGAAAAAAUUGUGAAAUCUGUUAAUAUUAAUACAAUUUGUUUGGUGUAGGAUUUCCUAGAUGCUUAAGAUGUGUACAUCAUUAAAAAUAUUAUAUUUCUAUAAAUUUUACAGAUUGUUUAGAAAAUCUUAUUGCGAAUUGUCUUUAUGCAUUUGAAGCUACGGAAGAUUAUCAAAUAAAUUCUUUUGAAUUUCAUACUAAUAUCAACGAUAAAACUGCAACCAUAACAGGAUGUGCUAGAUGUAAAGAUGGAUUCUACUUUGAUGAAUGGACUCAAAUAUGUGAAGAACUUACAGACAAAGAAUGUUUUUAUGGCUAUUCAUAAGAUAAUGAAAUAUUUUGUCUCUAUGGAAUUAAAAAUGAGGCCAAUCCUUAUUCAUUCAAAUAAGGAUGCGAGGAUAUUAAGGUGAAGUGUUAAAUAUGUUUGAUUGGUUCUAUGAUUGAAGAAUUUAACACUUUUUUUUGUAUUAUUUGUUAAGUAGGAUAUUAUUCUGAAAAAAAGACUGGUUAAUGUGUACCUUGUCCCUCAGAAUAUUAAUGCAAAGUUUGCGAAUAACAACAUAAAAUAGCAAAGGAUAAUUGGAAAACUGAAAUUUUAGCUUUCUAUAGAUUAAUUGUUGAUGGUACUAAACAAGGUCUUAUCUAUUCCUAAUUUGGAUAUAAGUAAAAUUCAGAAGAUUAUGAAAUAAUUUGUUCAAGUUGUUUAGAAGGAUAUUCAUUGAAUAAUGGUUUGUGCAUAAAACCUUGCCCAUCUGGUUGUGUAGAAUGUAUUAUUGUAAAUAACGAAAAUGUUUGUAUCGAUUGUCCUUAAACUUUAUUUGGAAAAAGCUUAAGUUUAUAAUAGAAUGAAUGCAUUCUUUGCCCUUCUAAUUGUGAAUUAUGUCGUAAAAGAGAUUUGUGGGAAAUUAAAGAAAUUAAUCCUCUUUUUAAUUUUAAUCAAUAUUUAUCUUAUUUUUCAAACUAAUGUUUAGGGUUUUAUCAAUGUUAUGAUCAUUUUGGUUUCAAGUAUAAUGAUUGUCAAUAAAUGUAUUAAAGAAAGGAAAUUUAGAUCAACUUAGAUUUAAUUUGUAGUUCCUUCGUUGAUCCUGAAUAAAUUAAUUAGGUAUCUAUUUAAUUUAAUUUAUAUUUUAGUUUCAAACCUAAGAUUUCUAUUUACUCUUAAACUAACUUGAAAUUCAAACUAUUUUAAUUAAAAUUAUAAGUAAAAAGGAAUAAUAAUGCUAUUUUGAUUAAAACUAAAUUUUUUCAUAAAAUUACAGUUUACAUGUAUUUUCAAUUAUGUACUUAUUCAUUAUUUUCUUUAAGUGAUGUUUAAUUAGAAAUUUAGGGAAAUGGGUUUACUACUUUUAGUUCUGAUGGUCCGUUUCAAUUAAUCAACUUUAAAAAAAUUCGUUUGGAAGGAUUAAAAUUGAAAAACACAUAACUUUAAAUUCAUUCAAGUUUUGAGUAAACAAUAGAAUUCAUUAACAUUGAAGUAUCAUCUUCUCAAAAGAGUGCUUUUAUUUAGAUAAACAAUUCUACGAAUAUAUAAAUAGAAAAUUUAAUUGUUUCAUCUGAUGGAGAUUUUCAAAUUCCAUAUGGACUAGCUUUUAUGGAUUUUGGUUACACUAAUUUUCCCUAAAGUAUAUAAAUUUCUAAUUGCACAAUUAACAUUCUUAUGAGGAAUGAUUUCUUUCAAUUUAAUUUGAAAGAAAAUGAUUAGGUAGAAUUAUCUAAUAUAAUCAUAAAAGAGUCUUUAUUCUAAGAAGCAUAAUUAUUAAAUUUAAAAAAAGGAAAAUUAAUAAUCAAUAAACUAGUAAUGAUGAAUUGCAAACUAGAAAAUACUAAUUUUAUAUAAAUGGAGGGACUAUGCAAAUUUCAAGCAAAAUUCAUUUUAGUUAAGGAAAAUUACAUUGAUAAUACUACUUUCCUGACUCUUACAAAUAACAUAAAUAUGUUUUAAAUAGAAUUCACAAUUAAUUUGAUAUCAAAUUAUUCAGUCUUAAUUAGUAAUAAAAAUAACAAUAUCAAAUUCUGUCAAACUUAAUACAUUAAUUUUACAUUAAAUAAAUAUGAAUAUGGCUCAAUAUUAAUCUUAUUUAACAACAAUAAGUUAGAAUAAAAUUAAGAUUUAAUAAUAAACAAUUUCAGUUUAAUUGGUAACCAAAUUGAUGAUAUUGAAAAAUUGAAAUUUGAUUCGACAUUAAUUAUUUUGGAAUUUAUUAAUGUAUCAAUAUUUGAAUUAGAUAUUUAACGUUCUGACGGAAAUAGUGAAUUUAAGUUUUUAGAAGUCCAAAACCUAAUUGUCAAUAAAACAACAAUCUAGCCCUAUUCUGAUUAUUAGGAAUAGAAAUUAUUUAUUUUUUUUGAGUGUGACUCAAUCUAGGGUCGUCUUCAAACCUCCAUCUUAAUAGAAAAUGCCUUUAAUAUUGAGUUCAUAAAUCUAAAAAUUUUUGACAAUAAGCUAUUAGACUAUCCUAUCAUUGAUAUCUAUUAAAAAAAGUCAAAAUCAACAUCCAUAUAACAGUUGAAAUUAUCUUAGCUUAAUUUUUAUAACAAUUUCUUGCUUACACAAGGUAAGUAGACAACAACAGGGUUAAUAUACCUAAUGUCAUAAAAUAAUUUGUACAUAUAAAUAUCUGAUUCCAUAUUUGAAAAGAAUUUGUUACAUUAAUACUAAGAAAAUUAUUUGUUUAUUUCAAGUUUACUUUUUAAUCUAGAUUGCUCUUUAUGUACAAUUCAUUUAAGAGACUUAAUUCUGGCAUCUAAUCUAGUUACAAAUUCUUCAAGUAGUAUUAUUGUUAUCAAAGCAAAGACUAUUAAAUUUGAAAAUUUGGUUUUCAAAAAGAAUUGCAUAUUUGAUUAUUAAAUUUUACAACCUUUUUUGGAUCAUGGUUUGACAUAUGAUAUAAUUACCCAACUGCUUUAAAUUAAGGUUUCUUCAGGUAAUGCGAAGAUAAUUGGUGAACAAAUUAUUAUUAAAAAUAUCUCAAUAAACAAUUCUUCUGGGUCAGGAUUUUAUAUAAAAAUGGAAAACGAAGCCAUAUUCUCAAUUGAGUAUGCAAAUUUCAGUAAUUUAAUAUCUGAAAUAUAAAAUGGAGGAAUCUUAUUUAUUGACUCGUCUCAGUCGACGUCUGCUGAUAUCACUGCAAAUUAUAUGUAUAUGUUAAAUAUAAAAAAUAAAAACAAAGGGGGAUUUAUGUAUAUAUUACCUGGCAUAGGAGUAACAAAAAUUCAUCUAGAAAAUCUAUUUAUUGAAAAUGUAUAUUCGUUGAUCGGUUCACUAUUUUAUGGAGAAUUUGAAAGUUAAAAUGAUUAAACUACUUUCUCGCUUAAUAAUCUAAAAAUAAUGAAUACUAUGCCAGAAUAAUUAGAGUUUCUAAACACUUUUAAGAACCUUAACGAAAAGUACUAAUCAGUAGUUGUUUAGUUAGGAUCAAGAUCACUGUUUUUGAUAUCAAAUUUUAAAAUCAUUAUUUUAGAAAAUAUAGAAAUAUCUUAAUUGUUUUAUGAAUCUGUAUUCAGACUAAAAGCAACAAAAAGUAUUACAAUACAAAACAUGAAGAUAAUUCAAUCCUACUUUUUGAAUCACGCUGUCUACAUAGAUGAAAUGGAUAGUGGUUCUAAAUUGUAAUUUUCAAAUAUUUCAGUAUUAAAUAUAACUGUUAAUAAUGAUAUUAAUUAAUCAAUUAAAUGCUAAAUAAAUCAAUCUAUUAUUGAAAAUCAGAUCAAAUAUAAAUGUGGUCAAUAACCUUUAGCUCUAAAUCCUUUAGUUUCUCUCAAAAACGAUAGUAUAGAGCAGGCAUAUUGUGUUUUAAAAGCAAUAAAUAAUUUAAAGACUUCACCAAUUCAUCUUUUUCUGAUAUACCCUUAAUAAACAGUUAUUAGAUUAUCUUAAAUAAGAAUUAAAAAUACUGAUUCUAAAUUAGGAGGAUUACUAGCUUUUUAUUAUAUGAAUUCUUUCGUCGAUACCUCUAUAGAUUCUUUAUUGAUUUAUUAAAACUUUUGUGGAAUUUUAGGUUGUUUAAUUUUUGAAAAAUCUAAUAAUUAUCGAAUACUUUAAAGUAAAGAAGAUUUUCUUGUAAAAUAAGUUUAUGAUCUGAAGAUAGUAGAUUAUGUGUGUAUUUAUAAUUUUGGAAAUGAAGGUACUUGUUUAUUUAUUUCAAAUUUGAACACUAUUAUAAAAUCAUCAGUAUUUAAACACAAUGAAGCUAAAAUUUAAGGUGGCUCAAUUACAAUUAUAGGGAAUUAAAAAUUCGUUUUAGUUGAAUCAAUUAUUACAAAUAACACUGCAAAUUUUGGAGGAGGAUUGUCUAUUAAUCUUUAAAAAACCAAUCAAUUUUAUUCGUCAAAGAAUUUUAUAGAUUUAAACACUGCUAAACUAUUUGGAAAUAAUUAUGCUUAGAUUCCAUCCUAAUUAACAAUCUCCUUAGACACAAUCACAGGAUUAGAAAAAGUUUAAAUUAUUAAAACAGAAAAUUUGCUUAUUGAAUAGAUUGUAAUAAAACCAUAUAAACUUUUCAAAGAUACAGAUACUGAUACUCUUUACGUUCCAAAUGGAUCGCCAUUAUCUAAAUAUGAGUAUUUUGAUUGGGCUUAACUGAAAUAUUUUAAAUAUAAUAUGCAUUUUAGAAUAAAAGCUUUAGAUAAAUAUUAUGUCUAAUAGUAUAAUUUAGACAAUUCAACUUGCGAUAUAACUGGAAGGAUAUUUGAUUCUAAUAAUGAAAAUAAAUUUACAUCUAAUUUCACGAAUAUUCCGAGAGUUGUUUUUAAUAGUUCUGACUACAAUUUAGAUGAUUUAGCUGUCUUUUUAGAUGACUAAUUGAACUUGACAUUAUAACUCCAAUUUAAUUGCACUUCUGUUUAUAUUCCAAUUUAUAAUGAUAAUUUAGAAAUAAGUGAAUAUCACAAUAACUAUUUUCUUCGAAUAAAUUUGAAGACUUUGCCUUGUCAGUUUGGAGAAAUAAAGAAUUAAACAACAGGUAUUUGUAUGAUUUGUAAUGCUACUCAGGGAUAAUAUUCUCUUUUAAUUAAUUCUAAUAAAUGCUCUGCUAUGGAUGAAUAAAAAGUUAACGAAGUUACUUCUGCAAAGUUGAAAAUAAAAUAAGGAUUUUGGAGACCUUAUUUUAAUACUGAUAAAAUUGAUGAGUGUAUUAACUUAGUUGAAAAUUGUAAUGGAGGAUGGGAAGUGGGUGAUACAUCAUGUUUUUUAGGGCAUGUAGGAGCUUUGUGUGAAGAAUGUGAUCUCUAUAAUUUACGAGGAGAAGGACAUUACUCAAUCAGUAAUAAAUAUUAAUGCGGACCUUGUACUGAUUAAGAAUUUAAUGCUAUUGUAAUUAUUCUUAUUAGCAUUUGGUAAAAAUUUUAAGUAUUUUUUUAGGACAAUAAUUUCUGUAUUAAUAUCAGUUAGAAGUAUAAGAUUCUCAAGCAGGAAUUUUAAUUAAGAUGUUAACUAAUCAUCUACAAGUAGUUUCCACAAUUACCACUUUUAAAUUUUAAUUACCUGAAUAAUUAAAUAAUGCAGUAAACUCUUCAGCAAAUCCUAUACAAAAAAUGGCAUAUUCUCUUGAUUGCUUUUUAAUUGUCAUGUUUUCUUUUGAUAUUCAUUAUUCAAGAAUGAUAUGGUAAUUAAUUUUACCUUUAAUUUAUAUCACUUUAUUUNUUGAAUCAAUUAUUACAAAUAACACUGCAAAUUUUGGAGGAGGAUUGUCUAUUAAUCUUUAAAAAACCAAUCAAUUUUAUUCGUCAAAGAAUUUUAUAGAUUUAAACACUGCUAAACUAUUUGGAAAUAAUUAUGCUUAGAUUCCAUCCUAAUUAACAAUCUCCUUAGACACAAUCACAGGAUUAGAAAAAGUUUAAAUUAUUAAAACAGAAAAUUUGCUUAUUGAAUAGAUUGUAAUAAAACCAUAUAAACUUUUCAAAGAUACAGAUACUGAUACUCUUUACGUUCCAAAUGGAUCGCCAUUAUCUAAAUAUGAGUAUUUUGAUUGGGCUUAACUGAAAUAUUUUAAAUAUAAUAUGCAUUUUAGAAUAAAAGCUUUAGAUAAAUAUUAUGUCUAAUAGUAUAAUUUAGACAAUUCAACUUGCGAUAUAACUGGAAGGAUAUUUGAUUCUAAUAAUGAAAAUAAAUUUACAUCUAAUUUCACGAAUAUUCCGAGAGUUGUUUUUAAUAGUUCUGACUACAAUUUAGAUGAUUUAGCUGUCUUUUUAGAUGACUAAUUGAACUUGACAUUAUAACUCCAAUUUAAUUGCACUUCUGUUUAUAUUCCAAUUUAUAAUGAUAAUUUAGAAAUAAGUGAAUAUCACAAUAACUAUUUUCUUCGAAUAAAUUUGAAGACUUUGCCUUGUCAGUUUGGAGAAAUAAAGAAUUAAACAACAGGUAUUUGUAUGAUUUGUAAUGCUACUCAGGGAUAAUAUUCUCUUUUAAUUAAUUCUAAUAAAUGCUCUGCUAUGGAUGAAUAAAAAGUUAACGAAGUUACUUCUGCAAAGUUGAAAAUAAAAUAAGGAUUUUGGAGACCUUAUUUUAAUACUGAUAAAAUUGAUGAGUGUAUUAACUUAGUUGAAAAUUGUAAUGGAGGAUGGGAAGUGGGUGAUACAUCAUGUUUUUUAGGGCAUGUAGGAGCUUUGUGUGAAGAAUGUGAUCUCUAUAAUUUACGAGGAGAAGGACAUUACUCAAUCAGUAAUAAAUAUUAAUGCGGACCUUGUACUGAUUAAGAAUUUAAUGCUAUUGUAAUUAUUCUUAUUAGCAUUUGGUAAAAAUUUUAAGUAUUUUUUUAGGACAAUAAUUUCUGUAUUAAUAUCAGUUAGAAGUAUAAGAUUCUCAAGCAGGAAUUUUAAUUAAGAUGUUAACUAAUCAUCUACAAGUAGUUUCCACAAUUACCACUUUUAAAUUUUAAUUACCUGAAUAAUUAAAUAAUGCAGUAAACUCUUCAGCAAAUCCUAUACAAAAAAUGGCAUAUUCUCUUGAUUGCUUUUUAAUUGUCAUGUUUUCUUUUGAUAUUCAUUAUUCAAGAAUGAUAUGGUAAUUAAUUUUACCUUUAAUUUAUAUCACUUUAUUUUUAGGAUUCUUUUUUAUAGGAGUUUUAUUCAAUGUCUUAAGUUAUAAAGUAAGUGUUAUCACUACAACUUUUAUAUAUUUGUACAUUUAUGCUUAACCUUCUUUGAUUGGAGGAUUUUUAUAGUUAAUUUCUUUUCGUUCGAUUUCUGGUUUCAAAUGGAUUUAAGCUAGUGUUGCAUAUCGAUAUGAUACUAGCUCACAUUACUUUUGGUUGACAACCUUUUGUCUUCCUUUGAUGUUGAUAAUUGCUAUUUUGAUUCCAAUAAUUUUAUAUUUAGGAAUGUACUUCAACAAAGCUAAAUUGAACACAAAAGUUAUGAGAUAGCGUCUUGGAUAUUUGUACAACGAGUACAAAAUUACAGCUUUUUUUUGGGAAAUUGUUAAAAUUUUUCAAAAAGAAUUAAUCAUAAUCUUCCUAACUUAUUAUGAUGAAUUUAUCAUUAAAAAAGGUAUUCUAGUAUUCCUAACAGUUGUUAUAUACGAGAAACUUAAUAUUAAAUAUUAACCAUAUAGUUCAAUAACAUUAAAUAAAUUGGAUGCUUUUUCAGCAUAAGUUUGUUAAGUAUCAAUAAUUUUAGGACUUGGAGUAUAUAUAGAAUAAAUAAGUGAUAUAUUUGAGUUACAAAUUCCUUUUUUGAUUAUGCUCGCUUAUCUUAAUAUCCACUUUUUAUUAAAAUUAUUAUUUGAAAUAAUAAACCAAUACUUAAGAACCUUUGAAGUGUAACUUGAUUCUAUAAGAGACAUGAUCAGGAAAAAAGCUCCUUGGACAUUAAAAUAUAGUUUUUUGAUGAAAUGGCUUACAAAUAGAUAACAGUAAAAGACUAGAGUUCUCAAGAAAUUCAAAGUUUUAAAAAAAUAUUUGUUCAUAAAAGCCAAACAAAUUAGACAAAUUAAAUGCUAAAAUAGCAUUUUUUAUGACGAAGAAAUUAAAAAAAUCAUGAAUGCGGUAGAAUGA